GCCAUGCAUCCACGACGCGUACUUAAGCACGCACACCCCCACUUGCUAUUUCGUGCACUCAACACCGUAACGGCCAGCGAUCGCAACACUGGUUAUCUACCCGGCUCUGCCAUGGCUCAAGAAGUAGUGACGUUCAACGUCUUGUCGGACUCGUACGCGACGUUCAUCUCGACUCUACGUAACAAGUUGCCCGGCCCUAAUGCAGACAUGGUGGGCGAGAAGAAGGGGAAACAGCGGCCUGUGCUCGCCAAGCAGACCGGCGCCGACAAGCCGCCGCCGAGAUGGAUCCACGUCGAGCUGAAAGGCAAGGGCGGCGCGGCGCCCAAGGUGGCCAUCCGCAGCGACAACGUCUACAUCUUCGCCUUCACCAAUGCCGGUGGGAAAUGGUUCAAGCUCACCAAGGGCAAAACGAGUGUCCUUCCGGACGCCACGCCGCUGGGCUUUGACGGCCACUACACCACACUCUGUCGGCGGCGCCACCAACUUGUCCACCUUGAAGCUUGGCAAGUACACCACAUCGGAAGCAGCCGGCGCCCUCUGGAACCACAAUAACAAGUCCUACGUCCAGGGACUUGUUCAGGGGGGGACG